AGUGCUCCCUCAACCAUCUCAUGGGAAGGUUAUUGCGCUCCUCUUCUCCUCGCCCCACACAGAAAGACCUAAAUCUGGGUCCUCUUCACACCAGCGUUGUGAGUCAGACUGUUGCGAAGGAGGAACAAGACAACGGGGAAUAAACAAAGGAAGGAGAAAUACAGGAUUGGUAUCUUUUCGGGGUUAAAUUUCAAGACCCGCCACCAUGAACCUAGACCCCGGAAUUGUGUGUUUCCAGCACUGCGAGGGCCGGUUCUUCUGCUUCACCCUCCCGUCUCGCUGUCCUAUGUGCGGGGCUGACCUUACCACGCAGCCCCUCGCCUCGCCGCCCUUCCGAGUCCCCUAUCCCUUUGUUAGAGCGUCUCAAGCCCCCUGCUGCCUCGUGAUCAAGCCCACUAGAGGGGAUUUCUUGCACGACUACAGGAGCAGCCAGGACCUUCAUAUAGGCGUGACAGACAGCGAAGGACAAGUGUAUGAAUAUGAUUGUGAAGGGCUGCAUAAUGAUUACACAGCCUCAUGGACACAAGCCCUCGCAGUCCCCAUUAUCCGUGACCCUACAGCCCCUGACCGCCUUGAUGCUGUCUGGAAGGAGUAUUGGAACUUCAGCCUGCAUACACUGGCCGAGGAUAGCGCGUGGACUUCUGAAAGAUACAGCGAGGACUCCCACAACUGCUAUUCUUUCGUCCUCGCCUUCCUGCAGGCCCUCGCGCCCCCCGGCCUCGAAGUUAAGGGCCUCACCAAGACCUCCCUUUGCGCGAGGUUGCUCCUCCCCCACACGGCCCCCGCGGCACGGUACAUCUCUCUGUACCGUAAGAUUAAGAAAGACGGUCACCUUUCUGCUCCGCGCCUCCCCUAAUACUGACUCCACCACCUCGUCCGUUAAUGUGGCGUGUCUAGGCUUGUGUGUUUGUGUGUGUGUGUGUGUGUGUGUGCUUUCCUUUCUUCUCUCUCUCUCUCUCUCUCUUUCUCUUUUUUUUUUCGUGUUCAUGUUUGUGUUUGUUUUCUUUCUCUCUUUAUUUAUUUAUUUAUUUAUUUUUAGCGUGUUUGGUUAUGCAUUGUCUCCGUUUGUGUUUAAAUUGCGUGUUGUUUUGUUGUUUUUGUUGUCUUUAUUAUUGAUUGUUUUUUUUUCUGAUUUAUUUAUUGUAUGUUAUGCUUUUUUUCCGUUUUCUUUUUGCUGGUUGUCCGUUUUAUGUGUCACUAUUUUAUUUUUCUGUCCUCGCCGUCUGUGUCAGUCUGUCUGUCUGUCUUUGUGUACCUGGGAAAUGGAAAAGACAGGAAAAGGUGAAUUACAAACGAAUUAUCUUCCGUACUCUUGCGGCUUUUGAGAAAUGGGAGUGUAAUAGUUAUGUUUUACGUGUAUAAGUAAUGUAUUAGUGGAUGUGUAGUGUGUAUAUAGAGGUACUGAAUGUUUGUCUGUCUGUCUGUUUGUCUGUCUGAUUACUCCUUUCGUUUUGUCUGUCUGUCUUUUCUUCUCUUCUUUCCUUCUCUUCUUACUUCUCUUCUGUAUUCCCUUAUUUCCUUCUUGUCUUUCUUUCUGUUCUUCUUCACUUCAUCUUUUUUUUUAUUCGUUUUCCUCCAAGAGAUUAUUAUUGUCAUUAUCAUUAUUAUCUUCUUUGCUGUUUUUCAUCCUAAGUUCACAUGUUUUGAUCUAAGUUGUCCUUUAAUAAACUUGAGAAUGUCCA